AUGGCUUUAAGCAGACUCCUGCUGCUAUGUAUGCUUGCUUCUGAAGUGCGCUACGCUGAGACCAAGCCCAUUGACUUUGUGUGCAGCAGAUCAGCCAGGAGAGCAAUGAAUAUUGGGACAGAGAUGGAGACUGCACUGCAUCAUGAGAGGAGACAAGACAUCAGCGCAUCCUUGAAGCCUCUUCUUGAGAGUAUCAAGGUUGCAAGGUCACUUGACCAGGCAGAAUGUGGUUCAGUGCUUUUGCAGAAACUGGAGCACAACAUCAACAGCUACCUCCUCAUCCUUACACAUCUUCAAUUGAGUGACCAGAAGGGGCCAGUGGAGAGCUCAGAACUGUCUUGUGUUCCUCGAAGCACCCUCAGUCUGAGCACAGUCUUGCUGAACUACAGGCGUCUGAUCACAGUAGUUAUUAGCAGUGAAAAUAUAGUUUCUCGCUUCGGAAUGCCUGAAAAGGCCCCUCUUCUCAACUACCGACUGACCACCGGCGGCCACGGCGGCGGACUGGACGAGGAGGAGCCCGCAAGUAGGAGGCCUACACUGGGACAAGACCGAGGCCAUCGCCAAUCCAAAAGCGAGCGAAAACUCGGCGUGCUUUUCGGUGUUAUUAUUCCAACGUUGCUGUCUAUGUUCAGCGUCGUUGUGUUCUUGCGAGUUGGAUUUGUUGUGGGGCAAGCAGGGCUGUACCAGGCCAUAGCGAUGUUCCUUGUGGCCUACGCCAUCAUUACCACCACAGUCCUUUCUGUCUGUGCCAUCUCAACUAAUGGAGCCUUGGAAGCGGGAGGUGCCUACUACAUGAUCAGUCGAGCACUGGGUCCAGAGUUUGGUGGCAGCAUUGGAAUCAUGUUUUUCUUUGCCAAUGUGUGUGGCAGUGCUCUAUACAUUUUGGGUCUGGUUGAAGCGAUCACGUCUGCCUUUGGCGUCCCUGAAUAUGCUGCGACAGUAAUUGGAUCUGCCCAUCGUGUCUUACCUUCAGGAUACUGGUGGACAUUACUUUAUGGAACUGGGCUGCUCUUAAUUUGUUUCAUUGUCUGCUUGGUGGGCGCCCACAUCUACGCCAAAGCCACUUUUGCCAUCUUCGUUAUCGUCACAACUGUUUUGGUAUCCAUCUUUGGCAGCUUCUUUGCUGUGGAAUCGAGGAUAAUCACACUUCCUGAUGCUUCCACUGUAAACGGCUCUACACAGAUCACCGCCAAUUAUACCGGACUCCAACUCCAUACCUUAAAGGGCAACUUAUGGCCUAGUUACACCGUUGACUACACCACUGGAGCCAUGAUGAGUUUUGCCACUGUUUUUGCAGUUAUGUUUAACGGUUGCACUGGCAUCAUGGCUGGAUCUAAUAUGUCAGGUGACUUGAAGAACUCGAGCUAUUCCAUACCUAGAGGAACCUUGGCGGCUGUUUUUACAACUUUUGUCACGUACAAUUUGAUAAGUCUAUUAUCUGCAUCGUCAUGUGAACGUCCCAUUCUCCAAAGAGAUUACAGUUUCUUGGGGAGCAUCAAUGUUUGGCCACCUCUGGUCACUAUUGGUAUUUACUCCUCGGCCAUGUCCGCCGCUAUGAGCAACCUAAUCGGAGCCUCCAGAGUCCUGUAUGCACUGUCUAAGGACGAUCUGUUUGGUGGUGUCCUGGCUCUGGCAAGGAAGACAUCCAGCAAUGGCAACCCCUGGGCCUCCGUGCUUAUCUCAUGGUUGCUUGUACAGAUGGUGCUGUUUGCUGGGAAAUUGAAUACCAUCGCUGGCCUUGUGACCAUCUUCUUUUUGUUGGUGUAUGCCACAGUCAACCUGGCUUGUUUGGCUCUAGAGUGGGCAUCUGCGCCAAACUUUAGGCCAUCUUUUCGUUGUUUCACGUGGCAUACCUGCACUCUUGGCAUUAUCGGCAGCCUGGUCAUGAUAUUCCUCAUCAAUGCCAUCUAUGCAUUUGCAAGCAUAGUAUUUAUGCUGCUGCUCCUCAUGCUCAUUCAUUACCUUGGUCCUAUCAGUAACUGGGGAUACAUAAGCCAGGCCCUAAUAUUCCACCAGGUUCGCAAGUAUCUCUUGAUGCUGGACGUACGCAAGGACCACGUUAAGUUCUGGAGGCCACAGGUGCUGCUCAUGGUGGCCAACCCUCGUAGUUGUGUAGGCCUGAUAACAUUCAUUAAUGACUUGAAGAAGAGUGGUCUCUAUGUUCUGGCUCAUGUCAAACUGGGAUUGCUGGAUGAACUGCCGUCUGAUCCUAUGCAGAGUUGUUAUGACUCCUGGUUGUCUUUAGUUGACCAUUUGAACAUCAAGGCCUUUGUUAACCUCACCUUGGCUGAUUCUGUUCGACGUGGAGUUCAGAACCUUCUUUUCAUCACAGGGUUUGGUGGGAUGAGGCCAAAUACUCUUGUCUUAGGCUUCUAUGAUGACUGCCCCCCUCGAGACCACCUCCAAGGCAAAGUUAUUUUACCUCCAGAUAAAAGCUCAGAUGAAGCAUGUCCAAAACCAGAUGUGGGAGAACCCUUAUUCCCUUUCUUCCCCAAUUUACGUGAUGCAGAUAAACCAAAAGACGUCAAUGAGGAGGAUUACGUUGCAAUUAUUACUGACGCUGUGAAAAUGGGCAAGAACGUGACACUGGCUCGAUACUUCAGUCAGUUCAACAGGGAAGAUGUUUUAAGGUCAGGGAGAAAAAACAAGACUCGCCCAGGAACGGCAGGCCCAUUCGUUGACAUUUGGCCACUGAAUCUGCUACGACCGGACAGCCGCGGCUACGUGGACAUCUGUUCGCUGUUUCUGCUUCAGCUGGCCUGCGUACUUCACGAAACCCGUGCCUGGAGCCAGGCCACGUUGCGCCUUUUCCUUUGCGUGGAGGAAGGGAGAAGUCUGCGGGAUGAGGAGGAGGCCAAGCUGCGACUGAUGCUCAAGGAGCUCAGGAUGUCGGCACAAGUGGAGAUGGUCGCUUGGGACCAGGUGGUGGCGCUACACUGGCAGAGACAAAGAUUGGAUAAAGAGGAGGAACGGGGAAAGGAAGUGGAAAAAGGGCAUGAAGAAACAUUUCCUACCAAUGUGGCACAGCUGACAGAUGAGUACGUUCAUGCAGUCAACCGCCUUAUCCGUAGGCAUGGAGCCCCCCAGCCGGCUGUACGCUUCCUGUAUUUGCCACGCCCACCCGCAGAUACCAGCCGCUACCGGGCCUACUUGCACCAGGUUGAUCUGCUGAGUCAUGAUUUGGGUCCAACAUUACUAGUCCAUGGGGUCACUCCGGUCGUCACCACGGACAUCUAG